CCACCCUGCGCACAAGAAGCUGCCGCAGCCUCCCGUCCUCUCCCAAUAUGGCGCCGCUCGCCUGCUGAGCUCUCCCGGUUCCUCCCGUCCCCGCCGUGCACCGAGACAUGCUCACAGCCGGAUAGUGGCAGCACUCAGCAGCGCAGCCUUUCCUUGUAAGCAGCGUGGGGCCCUGUCCGGGAGCCCAGCGAGACAGCCCUCCUCUCGCCUACAGCCGGAGCAGGAGGCCUCAACGUCGCCAUGGCUCAUUCCCCGGUAGCCGUGCAAGUGCCUGGGAUGCAGAAUCACCGGGCCGAUCCAGAAGAAUUAUUCACAAAACUAGAGCGUAUUGGAAAGGGGUCCUUUGGAGAAGUGUUUAAAGGCAUUGAUAACCGGACGCAGCAUGUGGUUGCUAUCAAAAUCAUCGACCUGGAAGAAGCGGAGGAUGAAAUAGAAGAUAUACAGCAAGAAAUCACCGUUCUCAGCCAGUGCGACAGCCCCUAUGUGACAAAGUACUAUGGAUCUUAUUUGAAGGGCACCAAACUAUGGAUUAUUAUGGAAUACCUAGGAGGAGGCUCAGCGUUAGACUUGCUGCGAGUGGGACCUUUUGAUGAGUUCCAGAUUGCGACCAUGUUGAAAGAAAUCUUGAAAGGUCUAGAUUAUCUGCACUCGGAGAAUAAAAUUCACAGGGACAUCAAAGCGGCCAAUGUCCUGCUCUCAGAACAAGGCGACGUCAAGCUUGCUGACUUUGGUGUGGCUGGACAGCUGACUGAUACGCAGAUUAAAAGGAAUACGUUUGUAGGCACUCCGUUCUGGAUGGCACCUGAAGUUAUACAGCAGUCUGCAUACGACUCAAAGGCUGACAUUUGGUCUUUGGGAAUCACUACUAUUGAAUUAGCUAAAGGUGAACCACCCAACUCCGACAUGCAUCCGAUGAGGGUCCUGUUUCUCAUCCCUAAAAAUAAUCCACCCACAUUAACAGGAGACUUCAGCAAACCUUUCAAAGAGUUCAUUGAUGCCUGUCUAAACAAAGAUCCAUCCUUUCGACCUACAGCCAAAGAACUUCUCAAGCACAAGUUUAUUGUGAAAAAUGCCAAGCGGACAUCUUACCUAACAGAGUUGAUUGACAGGUAUAAACGAUGGAAGGCCGAGGGGCACAGCGACUCCGAAUCUGAUGACUCCGAUACGGAGCCCAGUAACAAGGAGAACAAUACACAUAUUGAAUGGAAUUUCACCACAGUUCGGAAGAAACCUGAUGCUAAGAAAUUGCAGAAUGGAACAGAUCAAGAUCUUGUGAAGACGCUGAGCUCUUUAUCGGCAAUAAUAGCCCCCGUCUUUGCUGAGCUUAAACAGCAAGACCGGAACAACACAGUGAGGAAAAAUGCAAUUGAGGAACUUGAAAAGAGUAUGAACUUAGCUGAAGCAACUUAUCCUGGAAUUACUGACAAGAUGGUAAAGAAACUUAUGGAAAAAUUCCAAAAGUUUUCUGUCAGUGACUCCUAAGUAUCAUGUUAUGACCAUGACAUCGCUGUAAAAAGAAAAAAAAAACUGGGAGGGACACCCACCAAAAGUACUUCAUGCCUGGCCGUGCUUAGCAUUUUCAGCUCCUUGUGCCUUUUGGGUCUUCGCAAAACACAUCCAUGACCAUGAUUGACAAUUUGGAAGGAAAACAAACUUUUUUUUUCUUUUUUCUUUUUUUUUGUUAUAUAUAUUUUUGUUUUGUGAUGGUGUAAAUGGUUUUUAUAUUUUCUGGAAAUUAUUUUGUAAAGACUGAAGACUUUUACUACUUUAAUCCUUUGUUAAAUCCUCUACAUGUUGAUAUGCUGUUUUUGCUGUUGGGUAACAGUUGCUAAGUUAGUAACCUGUGCAAGUGAUGACAGUAUGUUUGUGGUGGUUGUUUUGCACUGUACACUGAAAUCUACUACACCCUUUUUUUCUUUUUUUUAAUAUAUAUUUGUUCUUGACUUUUGCCAUCUAUCUUCGAGGUAUAGGAUGAGACGUGGCUGCACUGUGAAAUGGGGGCACAAUGGAGCUGCUACACUGCGAACAUCUGAAUAGGACACUGCAGUGAACGAGCGAUUUAGUCCAUGCUGUAAAAAAAAAAAACAUAAAAAAACCAAAGGGCCAUAGAGC